AUUUUGGUCUUCUACUGAUAGGUGUGUGGACACGAGAAACCAUUCCUGUAAGGACUUGUUUUGGACCUUUGAUCGGGCAGCAGAGCCAUUCUCUGGAGGUGGCUGACUGGACAGACAAAGCAGCUAGUCACAUCUGGAAGAUCUAUCACAAUGGUGUCCUGGAGUUCUGCAUCAUUACAGCUGAUGAAAAUGAAUGUAACUGGAUGAUGUUCGUACGCAAAGCCAGGAACCGGGAAGAGCAGAAUCUGGUAGCUUAUCCUCACGAUGGAAAAAUUUACUUUUGCACCUCUCGGGACAUCCCACCUGAACAUGAGCUUCUCUUUUAUUACAGUCGGGACUAUGCACGACAGCUUGGUGUCCCUGAACAUCCGGACGUGCACAUCUGCCACUGCGGAAAGGAAUGCGCUUCCUAUGCGGACUUCAAGGCCCAUUUGAGCAGCCAUAUUCACAACCACCUCCCCAGUCAGGGGCACAGCAGCAGCCAUGGGCCAGGCCACGGCAAGGAAAGGAAGUGGAAGUGCUCCAUGUGCCCCCAGGCUUUCAUCUCCCCUUCCAAGCUCCACGUCCACUUCAUGGGGCACAUGGGCAUGAAGCCGCACAAGUGCGAUUUCUGUAGCAAAGCUUUCAGUGAUCCUAGCAACUUACGGACACACCUCAAGAUACACACAGGUCAGAAGAAUUAUCGCUGCACCCUCUGCGACAAAUCGUUCACCCAGAAGGCUCAUCUGGAAUCGCACAUGGUCAUCCACACCGGGGAGAAGAAUCUGAAGUGCGAUUACUGUGAAAAGCUAUUUAUGCGGAGGCAGGACCUCAAGCAGCAUGUACUGACUCACACGCAAGAACGGCAGAUCAAGUGCCCCAAGUGUGACAAGCUGUUUCUGAGGACAAAUCACCUGAAGAAGCAUCUCAAUUCACAUGAAGGAAAGAGGGACUAUGUCUGUGAAAAAUGCUCCAAGGCUUAUCUAACCAAAUAUCACCUCACUCGCCACCUAAAAAUAUGUAAAGGCCCCACAUCCAGCCUGUCUGCCCCAGAGGAGGAAGAGGAAGAGGAUUCAGAGGAGGAAUUAAUAGACUCUAUGAGGACUGAAGACUGUAGGAUUAACAAUGGAGUCUAUUCAACGGGUGAUGCCCUCUCUGGACACAAAUGAAGAAAGGAGAGAGGGGAAUUUUCUUGGAUGUUAUAACUAAGGAAGGAAAAAAACCCCUCCUCUUGUUUCCCCAGUCAACAGCAUAUGUCAAAUGAAGAGUUUUCCUUCUGUUUUGGUCUCCACACUACCACCGCUUAAUAAACUCUGUAGCCAGAACACUGAAUGAGAAUGGAUCAUGCACGUACAAGUGAAGAGUUGCUAAGAAGGAAAUGUGAGACAAGGAGAUUCUUUUCACACGCACUGUGCAUA